GUGGUGUAAAUAGAAUCGAGCAAAGCAGGGCGGGCAACCUUUAGCAACAACAACAAAAAAAGGCCGAGGAAUGAUGAGUAAAAUCUGCAGGUCACUGGGUGAUAAUUCAGCGCCGGAGUGUUACAGCGGGCGGUGUCGCUUUAAGACGCGGUGUAAGUUUCAGUGAAGAAAGAUGCAUGGAAUUGAAACAGUGGUAGGAGCGCCGGGGCCAAAGACAUUGGAACCGCCUUCUCCUCUUGGAUUCGGGUGAUAAUCAGGCGGGGGGAGAGAGGCCGGCUGUGUGUUAGCUUCCUCCUCUGGCCGCUGUAAAUAAUGAAUUAACGCGCCGGGACACUGUAUCGACUUUCUGAAGCGGAAUGCAGCGAGAAGGGAUGCCGCCGGCGUCCUUGACAGGGUGUUCGGAAUGACAGCCAUCCCUCCUCCCUCCGCUCUAUAGCGGUCGCCGUGUGGACUCGGCUCGCAGUCAGGGCUCCCCGAGAGAGAAAAGAAAAAAAAAAGUUCACGGUUCUCUGUGGGGGCCUUGGAGAAGGAAUGGUCGUGGCCGCUCCGUCUCCCCCGUGAAGCCGGCGUUUCCAAGCCUCCGGUGGCCGGAGAUCUCGCCUCCCUCCCUCCCUCCCGUCCUGCAGAGCGCCGCGAUGGUAUCUACAAUGUCUGCGCUCCUCUGCAUCGGGAUAGCGACGUGCGCCUUGGUGUACGGUCACGGACAACUACCGCCAACACUUGAGCAACUUUAUCUCCACCGCCCAGGUUCUCUGGUUUCCUCCCACAUUCCAAAGACGUACAAGUUUGGCUUUGACGGGGGGACGUGUGAAGUGAUCGCCGCGCACAGAUGCUGCAACAAGAAUCGAAUCGAAGAGCGAUCACAGACUGUGAAGUGUUCCUGUCUGCCGGGGAAAGUGGCUGGUACAACAAGAGCCAGACCUUCGUGUGUUGAUGCUUCCAUUGUUAUUGGGAAAUGGUGGUGCGAGAUGGAACCUUGUGUAGAAGGAGAGGAAUGCAAAACGUUACCGGAUAAUUCAGGAUGGAUGUGUGCUUCUGGCAACAGAGUCAAAACCACAAAGCUACAUCUGCUGUCAGGUUGAGGUCUUCCACUCCAGGACGUCGGAAAAGUCCACCUCUUUCAGGAAACAUGGCUGUCCUUCUGCUGUGGAUACUGGAGCCCUUACCCGCGUGUUCUCCCUUUCCUGGACUUCUGCUCUCGCCUUCCCUUCUCAAAAAGAACGAGAAUUGAGUUCCACGGAGUCGCAAGGAGGUGCAGACGCUGGAAACUUGAGCAAGUGGUGGAGAAACACGGCGGGUCAAGCAGCAUCUGUGGGGAGAAUGGACAGACAAUGUAUUGGUUUGGGUUCCCUCGUCCUCAGCUUUUACACUUCCAGCAUCUGCAUUCAGCUCAUCAUCCUUCUUGUUUUCCACCAGCUACAAUACGAAACCACCACUAACCAACUCUAUCCCGCCCCACACCUCGCUGUUUAGUUUAGAGAUACAGCGCGAAAAACUGGCCCUUCGGCCCAUGCCGACCAGUGAUCCCCGCUCAUUAACACUAUCCUACACACACUAGGGACAAUUUUUACAUUUACCAAGCCAAUUUACAUACAUACCUGCACGUCUUUGGAGUGUGGGAGGAUACCGAAGAUCUCGGAGAAAACCCACGCAGGUCACGGGGAGAACGUACUUUCAACUUACAGACAGAGCGUACACACAACUGACAGAUCGAACUGGGGUCUCCGGCGCUGCAAGCGCUGUCAGGCAGCAACUCUAUUGCUGAGCCUCCGUGCCGCCCUGUCUUCCAGAAGUACCCCUCUCUCGUUGACUCCGUGGUCUGCUAACCCCUUCCCAACCCUCUUUGACUCCUAGCACUGAAUCAGUCUGAAGAAGGGUUCCGACCCGAAACGCCAUCUAUUCUUUUUCUCCAGAAAUGUUGCCUAACCCGCGGAGUUACUCCAGCAUUUUGUGUCUAUCGCACACACUUGGGGGUAAUUUUACUUUCCUUGUUUCGUUCAUUGGUGUUUCUGUGAGUUGUAGGAUACUACGCACAGAAAACUGACGGAAAAUCUGGUUGGAUGUGGUUUAGAAACUUAGAAACAUAAAAAAUAGGCGCAGGAGUAGGCCAUUUGGCCCUUCGAGCCAGCACCACCAUUCAAUAUGAUCAUUGCUGAUCAUCCUAAAUCAGUACCCUGUUCCUGCUUUGCCCCCAUAUCCCUUCCAGAUUCCACAUAUUAUUAUUCUGCUUGUGAAUAAAAAGCCCAUAAACAUAGGAUUCCAUAUCUUCUAGCAGUAAAAAGGCAUUUUAGUUCAUAUUCCCUUCUGUUCUCAUCGCAGCCAUACAUACCUUAUGAGCGAUGCAUAUGUUAUACGGAAUUCCCCUCUUAAUUAAGCAGAGUGGAAUGAUAUCUGCAGCCAUUUCUCAUUUAAAGCAUCGCGACUUUCUAAUAGAGGUGUGAUCAGAAAAUUUAUUCAUAGAAAAAAUAGAUUUUCAAUAUAUUUGAUUUAUUUUCAGCAUUUUGGUGUUAAUCCAAAGAUUAAUAAUAUACAUUGUGGUAACCAGUUAUUAUAGUUUCCUGAUAGGAGUUUCAAGUUAUUAAUCUGCCUGAAUUUUGUCUCCAAAGAUUUUUUCAUCGUUUAUUUUAUUUCCAAUUGAAUAUAAUAAUUUUGGCCAGCUUCUGAUCCGCUUCCUUACUUCUUUACACGAACCAUUCCUGUUCCUUUUUUGAUAACGAAGUAUAAUUAUUUGUUGUACAGUCUCUCUUUGUGCAUUUCCUUCAGGACACUCGUUUGUCUAAAGUUCAAGUCUACGUUACCAGGUUACAUUCAAUCAUUCCUCUUCCAUUGGCAUCAGUAUUGGUGUGUAGGAAGGAACUGCAGAUGCUGGUUUAAACCGAAUCUGGUCUGAAGAAGGGUCUCGACCUGAAACGUCACCCGUUCCUACUCCCUCCAGAGAUGCUGCCUGUCUCGCUGAGUUACUCCAGCAUUUUGUGCCAGUAUUGGUAUUGGUUUAUCAUUGCCAUGUGUACCGAGAUACAGUGUAUUAUAAGGGAAUAACGUUUAGUGCAAGCAAUCCGCCUCACAGUGCAGCUACGAUUUUUUUUGCCACACCGGCAGUUUACAGAAAUGAAUUGACGCAGCAGAUCAGAUGAUUUGAGCAGAAGGCCACUUGUCUAUUUUCUCUCCACAUUUUUUUCACUGCUCUGUUUUAUGUCUGUUCAAAUUUUUCACCCACAUGCCUGUACAA